UGUACAUGGAAACAAAGUCUGCUGCUCCUCACAAGGCUAACAACAACACAGCAGCACAGUGUCCAACAUUCGACAAGAAAACAGGAAAACCCUUAUACAGAUAUGGCGUCCCUUAGCAGUCUCUUGUCUGAAGAGCAGAUACAGUGCUCUAUCUGUCUGGAUGUGUUCACUGAGCCAGUUACUACUCCUUGUGGUCACAACUUCUGCAAGGCCUGUAUCAGUGGAUACUGGAAUAAGACUGGCCUGUGCCAGUGUCCAAUGUGUAAGGACAUGUUUUACAGAAGACCCGAGCUCAAAAUGAACACAACACUCGGAGAUGUUGCAGAUCAUUUUAAGAGGAUGAGAGACAGAGAUGAGUCCCCUGCUGAGCCUGGAGAAGUGGCCUGUGAUGUCUGCACUGGGAGAAAGCACAAGGCCCUGAAGUCCUGUCUGGAAUGUCUGACCGCUUUCUGUGAAACUCACCUGCAGCCUCACAACAGAGUUGCAGGCCUGAAGAGACACACGCUGAUCAACCCUGUGGAGAACCUGCAAGACAGGAUGUGUAAGAAGCACGACAGACUCCUGGAACUGUUCUGUAGGACUGACCAGACGUGUGUGUGUAAGUUCUGCACUGAGACAGACCACAAGACUCACCUCACCGUCCCUCUAGAGGAAGAGUGUGGACAGAGGAAGGCUAAACUGGGGAAGACUGAGGCAGAAGUUCAGCAGAUGAUCCAGGAGCGACUGCAGAAGGUUCAGGAGAUCAAACACUCAGUAAAAUUCAGCAAAAGAGCAGCAGAGAGAGAGAUAGCAGACAGCAUGGAGGUUUUCACUGCUCUGGUGCGCUGCGUUGAGAGAAGCCAGGCUGAGUUCAUUGAGGUGGUUGAGGAGAAGUUGAAAGCAGCAGAGUGGCAGGCUGAAUUUCUCAUUGAAGAGCUGGAGCAGGAAAUCACUAAGCUACAGAGGAGAUGCUCUGAUUUGGAGCAGCUCUUACACACCAAGGACCACCUCCACCUCCUACAGAGCUCCCCACCCCUCUGUAAGCUUCCUCCCACCAGGAACUGGUCUCAGAAAAGUGUCCACAGUCAGCUGUGUCUGAGAAAUGUAAGGAGAGUUGUGUAUCAACUGGAAGAUACUCUUCACAAUGAGAUGGAGAAGCUGCCUGACAUCAAGCUGAAGAGGAUGCAGCAGUGUGCAGUGGAUGUGACUCUGGACCCUGAUACAGCACAUCCAUUCCUCAUCCUUGGUAAGAAAAAGAGGAAACAAGUGAGAUGUGGAGAAGAGAAUCAAGGGAAUCCCACUAAUUAUCCAAAGAGAUUUAAAAAUAGUUUCUCUGUCCUGGGCAAGGAGGGUUUCUCCUCUGGGAGAUUCUACUAUGAGGUGCAGGUGACGGGGAAGACAUGGUGGUGGCUAGGAGUGGCCAGUGAAUCCAUAGACAGGAAGGAGAGUUUAAACCUGAGCUCUGAUGGACUCUGGACUGUUUGGCUGAAUGGCGAGAAUGGGUAUGGAGCCAACAAUUACUACCCUGUCCGCCUCUCCCUGAGAGAGAAGCCCCAGAAGGUGGGGGUGUUUGUGGAUUAUGAGAAAGGUCAGGUCUCCUUCUAUGAUGUGAAGGCCAAGUCUCAUAUCUACUCCUUCGAUGGAUGCAACUUCACCGAGAAACUCUAUCCAUACUUCAACCCCUAUCUUAGCUGUAGUGGUGAAAACUCAGCCCCACUGGUCAUCUCCUCUGUCAAUCACACACAGUGAAACAAGUUGUCACUAAAAUGUAAAAUACUCAGCUCAGCAGUUGAUUCGUUUGGGAUACUACAGAUCAAUAUUGUUGGGUGUGCAUCUCAAACUGUAUAAAGUAUAAUCCCUUACCUCCCAUGGACAAAGGUUUUGAACAUGUUCCCUCUGCAUUGAAAGUAUUGAGAGCAAGGCUGAUGGUUCUAAGUGAUGUCAGAAUGAUGGUCAGAUCUAAAUUGUAAAGAGAGAUACAAGUCUACUUUGACACGCUCUUCUGUAUAUCAAACCAAAUUUAAUUUCAUUUGUCACAUGCACCGAAUACAGCAAGUGUAGACUUCACCAUCAAAUGCUUACCUACAAGAGCUUCCCUACGAUGCUGAGUUAAAAAGUGAAAAAUAAUUAAAAAGAACAUAAGAAAAAAAUAAAUGAAAUAGUAACACAAUACUAAUAACAAGGCUAUAAGUCCUGACGGGGGUCAGGACUUCCUGACGGGCCGCCCCCAGGUGGUGAGGGUAGGUAACAACAUCUCCACCCCGCUGAUCCACCCCGCUGAUAACCUCACACUCAACGUCAACAAAACAAAGGAGAUGAUCGUGGACUUCAGGAAACAGCAGAGAGAGCACCCCCCUAUUCACAUCGACGGGAUAGUAGUGGAGAAGGUGGAAAGUUUUAAGUUCCUCGGUGUACACAUCACGGACAACUGAAUUGGUCCACCCACACAGACAGCGUUGUGAAGAAGGCGCAGCAGCGCCUCUUCAACCUCAGGAGGCUGAAGAAAUUCGGCUUGUCACCAAAAGCACUCACAAACUUCUACAGAUGCACAAUCGAGAGCAUCCUGUCGGGCUGUAUCACCGCCUGGUACGGCAACUGCUCCGCCCACAACCGUAAGGCUCUCCAGAGGGUAGUGAGGUCUGCACAACGCAUCAUCGUGGGCAAACUACCUGCCCUCCAAGACAACUACACCACCCGAUGUCACAGGAAGGCCAUAAAGAUCAUCAAGGACAACAACCACCCGAGCCACUGCCUGUUCACCCCGCUAUCAUCCAGAAGGCGAGGUCAGUACAGGUGCAUCAAAGCAGGGACCGAGAGACUGAAAAACAGCUUCUAUCUCAAGGCCAUCAGACUGUUAAACAGCCACCACUAACAUUUAGUGGCCGCUGCCAACAUACUGACUCAACUCCAGCCACUUUAAUAAUGGGAAUUGAUGGAAAUUAUGUAAAAAUGUACCACUAGCCACUUUAAACAAUACCACUUAAUAUAAUGUUUACAUACCCUACAUUACUCAUCUCAUAUGUAUAUGUAUAUACUGUACUCUAUAUCAUCUACUGCAUCUUACCAUCUUUAUGUAAUACAUGUUUCACUAGCCACUUUAAACUAUGCCACUUUAUGUUUAUAUACCCUACAUUACUCAUCUCAUAUGUAUAUACUGUACUCUAUACCAUCUACUGCAUCUUGCCUAUGCCGUUCUGUACCAUCACUCAUUCAUAUAUCUUUAUGUACAUAUUCUUCAUCCCUUUACACUUGUGUGUAUAAGGUAGUAGUUGUGGAAUUGUUAGGUUAGAUUACUUGUUGGUUAUUACUGCAUUGUCGGAACUAGAAGCACAAGCAUUUCGCUACACUCGCAUUAACAUCUGCUAACCAUGUGUAUGUGACAAAUAAAAUUUGAUUUGAUUUGAUUUGAUAUACAAGGAGUACCUGCACAGAUUCAAUAUGCAGGGGUAUGAGGUAGUUGAGGUAAUUGAGGUAAUAUGUACAUCUAGGUAGGGGUAAAAGUGACUAUACAAUCAUGAUAGAUAAUAAACAGAGUAGCAGCAGCGUACAGUGCAUUCGGAAACUAUUCAGACCCCUUCCCUUUUGCCACAUUUUGUUAUGUUACAGCCUUAUUCUAAAAUUGAAUAAAUCCAAUCUACACACAAUACCUCAUAAUGACAAAGCGAAAACAGGUUUUUAUAAAUUUUAGCAAAUUUAUAAAAAAUUAAAAACAGAAAUACCUUAUUUACACAAGUAUUCAGAUCCUUUGCUACGAGACUCAAAAUUGAGCUCAGGUGCAUCCUGUUUCCAUUGAUUAUCCUUGAGAUGUUUCUAAAACCUGGUAAAUUCAAUUGAUUGGACAUGACUUGGAAAGGCACACACCUGUCUAUAUAAGAUCCCACAGUAACAGUGUAUGUCAGAGCAAAAACUUGAACCUGAUCAAACAUCUCUGGAGAGACCUGAAAAUAACUGUGCAGUGACGCUCCCCAUCCAACCUGACGGAGCUUGAGAGGAUCUGCAGAGAAGAAUGGAAGAAACUCCCCAAAUACAGGUGAUAAGCUUGUAGCAUCAUACCCAAGAAGACUUGAGGCAGUAAUCGGUGCCAAAGGUGCUUCAACAAAGUACUGAAUACAGGGUCUGAAUACCUAUGUAAAUGUGAUAUUUCAGUAAAAAAAUCUAUAAUAAUAAUCUAAUUUAAAAAAAAAUUACUGAUUUUUCUUUGUCAUUAUGGGUUAUUGUGUGUAGAUUGAUGAGGGAAGAAAACUAUUUAAUCCUUUUCAGAUUAAUAAAGAAUAAUAAUAAGGUCAAGGGGUCUGAAUACUUUCCAGAUGCAUUGUAUGUGAAGAGAGUGAAAGAGUGCCUAUGUUUGUAUCAAUGUGUGUGUGUGUGUGUGUGUGUGUGUGUGUGUGUGUGUGAGAGAGAGCGAGAGAGAGAGAGAGAGCAUAUGUAGUGUGUGUGUGUUGGAGUGUAGUAUGUGUGUGUGUGUGGGUAGAUUCCAGUCAGUGUGCAUAGAGCAAAUGCAAGAACGUCAGUGCAAUAAUAAAAAAGGGGGAUCAAAGCAAAUAGCCAUUUGAUUAACAGUCUUAUGACUUGGGGGUAGAAGCUGUUCAGGAGCCUUUUGGUCCCAGACUUGGCGCCCCGGUACCGCUUGCUGUGCGGUAGCAGAGAGAACAGGGUAUGACUUGGGUGGCUGGAGUCUGACAAUUUUGAGGGUCUUCCUCUGACACCACCUGGUAUAUAACACCUAGAAGGCAAGGAGCUCGAUCCCAGUGAUGUAGUGGUCCGUCCGCACUACCCUCUGUAGCGCCUUGCGGUUGGAUGGGGCCUGUCAUGCCAAAUAGUGUCCCCGGUUGUAUCCUAGGACCAACAAUAGAUACAUAUAUAUUCAACCACAAGGGUGUACCAAUGAGCUAUGCGAGACAGAAAAAAACGAAGACUACUGAAAUUAUAUUAUUUCAGUGUAGACAAGGGAUAAAAUGAAAACAUGACAGCCAGACAAUCUCUAGUGUAUUAAUCAUACGGAUUUUCUUAUGAAUGUAGUGGAAAUUAGCUGACUUGGUGAUCUGUAAGGUAAAUAACUUUAAUGUGUCAAGCAGGUUACAUGUUUUCUUUUCCAUUUCCUAAACGUAGCAUCGUUUAAGACGUGGAUUUCAUGUUGUCAUGUUAAUAAGGUACUAAAAAGUAGUUACAAUUCAUGUUUUCAUUUUAUUAGCUUAACAAAACUUGUUUUAACAGCAGAAUUGUCGUGGAAACCAGCUUUGUUUGCAUAGCGAUGAUGAAAAGAACGUCAUUUAGGUUGUAUAAUGAUAUCCAAAAUUAUAAUCAUUAGGUCGUCAAACCGUUGAUAUAGCAACGGACGCUAAUAGUUUAUCGAAUCACAUUGUGAUGUAGAGCGGGACACUAUUUGGCCGGGGAACAUUAUUUGGCAUGACAGGCACAUAUUGCAUAUGAGGUCUAAGUUUCGGUUAAACUUUUGUUGUUGUUGAAACCCGUUUGGAAAUAAAUCCAUAUUGUGAAAUGUAUAAUUGUGCAUGAAUUAUCUGUUGGA